AUGAAGAUUCAUUGCAAGGCCUGCAAAAAGGUCGCAAAACAACUUGCAAAGGUGAUCUCAACUCGACGACGUGGACAGCCAUUCGAGGCUCCAGACCAGUCCACGAUUCCCAUUCUGUCGGUUUUCGGGACAGUAGGAGAAAUCUCGAAAAGGAAAUAUUGUCACUCAUGUAGAGACCUGGGAAAGGAGUUCACACGAUGGGAAACGGUGGGUUAUUGGACUCGGGACGAUAAUCUGGCUGUUGGCGUUGGGAUAGACGACUCUCCCAGCUAUCCAACCCUUAAGCCCCUACAACAAUCGCUAUACAUAAUCGCUAUAGAUCCGACGGCGAGUUAUGGGAGAACUUACCUAGUGAACCUGUAUCCGUUAGAGAAGGGUGCUCCACAUGACAUUUGUGGGAGAGUGAUUGAUCGCCAUGAGGUGAGCUGCGACCUUAUCAAGGGCUGGUUGCAGUGCUGCGACCUGACCCAUGGAGAAUAUUGUACGUCGGGCCUCACCAGUCGCCUUCCUCCAGAUGCUCGCCCUACUCGACUACUCCUAGUCGACCUUGAGAACCACUGUCUUUCUUACGGUACCUUGACGGACAAGUACGCCGCUCUCAGCUAUGUGUGGGGCCAAGUGAACAGCUUAAGGACAACCCAUGCAAACAUCCAGGACUUCCUGAAGCCUGGUGGUCUCGAUUUCGUAAGUGGUGACUUACAUAUUCCCCAGACUAUCAAAGACUUCAUGAAGCUUGCUCUUCGGCUCGGGAUCCGUUAUGCCUGGGUGGAUAGCCUUUGUAUCGUUCAAGACGGUGACGAUAUUCAACAGCAGUUGAAUGGAAUGGCCGCCAUAUUUUCCUCUGCGUACCUGACAAUCGUCUCCGAGGGGCCUGAUGCCAAUUCUGGUCUUAUAGGGGCGGGCAGCGGCGGGAAACCCCGCGAUCGACCCUCUUAUAUGCUACGACUCCCGAAUAUGACCUGCGUGCUAGAUGACAACACCAUCAACCCAAACGACCCCCAAAUAUGGCAACAGAGAGCUUGGACUUUUCAGGAGGGGCUAUUUUCCCGCCGACUACUUACAUUUGACAUAUUUGGUAUUUUGAAUUGGGUUUGUCCGAGGUUCUACUGGCAUGAGGUAGAACAAGAGCCUUCUGAGGCGCUGGAUUGGAUGCCGCAUAACCCAUCAAUCUCCAUCGAUUGGAAAUAUAUCGGGCUCUCCGAGUUGAACUUUACAUGGCCUGAUAUGCGGAGAUGGUGCGAUCUUGUUGAAGAAUAUGUCCCGCGGGAACUGUCCUUCCAAGCUGACGGCAUGAAUGCUGUUGCCGGUCUUAUAUCUGUGAUUGAAAGCGGAUCUCCAGGAGGCUUCUUCUACGGCCUCCCGGAGCUCUUUUUCGACACCUUUCUUCUUUGGGAUGUAUUGGAAGGCCAUUUUGCAGAAAUGCGAGAAGUCAAUGGACUCCCAAGCUGGUCUUUCCUUGGGUGGAAAGGAGGUCCAUCAACUCAAUUAGACUUGUUCUGGUGGCGGUUUAGUAUGGACCACAUUUUUUUGGACAGGCCCGAUCAAGGCUAUGGCUCCGAUUGCGAAAUUGUAUCUAUUGUGGAUUGGUAUAAAGAGAGCCGCUCCUCGAGUCUAGUGCCGGUGGCAAAUCAAUUUCAUGUUUGCCGGUCACAAUGGGUGGACCAGCCUCCCGAGGGCUGGACAAAACAUAUGUCCAACGAAAUUGGCAGUCCAUAUUUUAUGCACGAGUCCAUCGAUGACGGCCAGAAGUUCCGAUAUCCUAUUGCCCUUCCACAGGCAGGAGCGAGAUCAGAAAACGAUAAAUUCUUGGGGCGACUUCGCUUCAAAACUAAAAGAGGCUGGUUGAAGAUUGGCAAUUUGAUUCAGCAAGACACGGACGAUGACAGUGGAAAUGAUCCCGAAUCUUCACACCACUCGGCCAUUAAUGUCUCUCUUGUAGACGAUCUGGGAAACUGGAGUGGCAUUAUACGGCUUCCCCGAAAGGAAGUGUACGAUCUUACCACCGUACCCAACGUCGUCCAAAAGAAAGCGCCUAUGGAGCUUAUUGCAGUUGCUAUGGGCAAUGUUCGCAACGACUCAUUUCCAAAACACUCAGAUGUGUUUAGUGUUUACCGUCUAGAUAUUCCAGAAUGGGAUUGUGAAGAACGUCCAAAGGAUGCAGAUUUCUAUCAGUUCUACUUUGUCCUUUGCAUCGAGUGGAGGGGAGACAUUGCAUAUCGGAGGGGUCUGGGAAGAGUGGAAAAAUCUGCAUGGGAGCGGCUGCCUCUGGAAGAAAUCGACGUUGUCCUUGAGUAG